AUGAGUUUCAACAACAAAGUGGUCGUUGUGACUGGAUCGAGUUCCGGAAUCGGGGCUGCCACGGCCGUAGCCUUCGCUAAGGAGGGAGCCAGCGUCACCAUCGUAGGCAGAAACGAGACCAAGCUGUCUGCUGUGGCUGCCCAAUGCGCAGCCGACGGCAAUGAACCACUAGUCUUAAAAGCCGAUGUUUCCAAAGACGAAGACUGCAAACGCAUCAUCCAAUCUACGAUCGAAAAGUUUGGCAAGAUCGACGUUCUCGUAAACAACGCUGGCAUUGCUAAGUUCGGGUCAUUGACCGACGGCACGCUCAUGAAAACUUACGACGAAGUCAUGAACACAAAUCUACGCGCGGCCGUGGUUCUGACCAGUUUAGCUACGCCGCAUUUAAUAGCUACGAAAGGGAACAUUGUAAACAUAUCAGCGAUAGGCGGUACUUUUGCUCCUAAGCCACCAUUUCUCACUUACUGCGUUACAAAAGCUGCACUGAAUCAUUUUACGAAAGGCGCCGCUUUGGAACUGGCGCCGUCUGGAGUCAGGGUGAACGUUAUAAGCCCUGGGCCUGUGAGAACUGAUAUAAUUGAGAACGCCGGCUUUCCCACCAACUGGGAUGCGUUUGCGGCACAGACUGCUCUCGGCCGAGUCUCAGAGCCGGAGGAGAUUGCGGAGCUCGUCAUGUUUUUGGCGAGCGAUAAAGCAAAGGCUAUUACCGGCUCGAAUUAUGUAACAGAUAACGGAAUGAUGUUGAAGAGAUAA